CGGUGGUGGGAAAGUGAACGAAGCUAGAAUCAAAGCGGCGCAUCUUGAGGAAGGUGGGGUGCCUGUGGAAGAGGGAAGGCAGGCGACUGGAUAGGGUCUGGCUCGGGAGGCCGGCAGAGCAGCAGCUGCAGAAGCAGGCAGCGGCAGAGAGGGCAUGGUGUUGGGAGGCGCCGAGAAGGAGGCGCAGUCCGUCCCUCCCAGGGUUAGUGAAUGAGGCUCUCCGCCCGGGCUAGCCCGGGGACUGUGCGCUGCGGGUCCCAGCAUGAGUGCGGGCCCCGGCUGUGAGCCCUGCACCAAGCGACCCCGCUGGGGCGCCGCUGCAACUUCUCCGCCGGCCGCCUCGGACGCCCGGAGCUUCCCCGGCAGGCAGAGGCGUGUCCUCGAUCCCAAGGACGCUCCGGUGCAGUUCAGGGUCCCGCCGUCCUCGUCAGGCUGCGUCCCGGGGCGGGCGGGAUCGCACAGAGGCAGCGCCACCUCGCUUGUUUUCAAACAGAAGACUAUUACCAAUUGGAUGGACACGAAAGGACUCAAGACAGCUGAAUCAGAAAGUUUGCAUAGUAAAGAAAACAACAAUACAAGAGAAGAAUCCAUGAUGAGUUCUGUACAGAAAGAUAACUUUUAUCAACAUAACAUGGAAAAAUUAGAAAAUGUUUCUCAGCUAGGUUUUGAUAAAUCACCAGUUGAAAAAAGUACACAGUAUUUGAACCAGCAUCAGACUGCAGCUAUCUGUAAGUGGCAAAAGGAAGGGAAACAUUCAGAGCGGCUUUUGGAAAGUGAACCUCCAAUAGUAACUCUGGUACCAGAGCAGUUCAGUAAUGCUAACAUUGAUCAGUCACCCCAAAAUGAUGAUCACAGUGACACAAAUAGUGAGGAGAGUAGAGAUAAUCAACAAUUUUUGACACCUAUAAAGCUUGCGAAUGCAAAACAGACAACAGAAGAUGAACAGGGUGUAGAAGCCAGAAGCCACCAGAAGUGCAGCAAGGCUUGCCAUCCCGCCGAAGAGUGUGCAGGGUGUCAGCAGGAAGAGACAGACGUGGUGCCAGAGAGCCCCUUGUCAGAUAUCAGCUCUGAGGAUGUUGGUACUGGACUGAAAAAUGCCAACAAAUUGAGUAGACAAGAAAGUAGCCUAGGAAAUUCUCCUGCAUUUGAGAAAGAAAGUGAACCCGAGUCACCAAUGGAUGUAGAUAAUUCCAAAAAUAGUUGUCAGGACUCAGAAGCAGAUGAAGAGACAAGUCCAGGUUUUGAUGAACAGGAAGAUAGUUCCGCCCAAACAGCAAAUAAACCUUCAAGGUUCCAAGUAAGAGAAGCUGACACUGAAUUGAGGAAACGGUCCUCUGCUAAGGGAGGUGAGAUUCGAUUACAUUUCCAAUUUGAAGGAGAGAGUCGCGCUGGAAUGAAUGAUUUAAAUGUCAAACUACCUGGAAGCACUUCUAGCCUGAAUGUAGAGGGCAGAAAUUCUAAGCAACAUGGGAAAAAGGAUUCUAAAAUCACAGAUCAUUUCAUGAGAAUGCCGAAAGCAGAGGACAGAAGAAAAGAACAAUGUGAAAUCAAACAUCAAAGAACAGAAAGGAAGAUCCCUAAAUACAUUCCACCUCACCUUUCUCCAGAUAAGAAAUGGCUUGGAACUCCUAUUGAGGAGAUGAGAAGAAUGCCAAGGUGUGGGGUCCGGCUGCCUCCGUUGAGACCAUCUGCCAAUCACACAGUGACUAUUCGGGUAGAUCUUUUGCGAGCAGGAGACGUUCCUAAACCUUUCCCAACACAUUUUAAAGAUUUGUGGGACAAUAAGCAUGUUAAGAUGCCUUGUUCAGAACAAAACUUGUACCCGGUGGAAGAUGAGAAUGGUGAGCGAACUGCAGGGAGCCGGUGGGAGCUCAUUCAGACUGCACUUCUCAACAAAUUCAGUCGACCCCAAAACCUGAAGGAUGCUAUUCUGAAAUACAAUGUGGCAUAUUCUAAGAAAUGGGACUUUACAGCUUUGGUUGAUUUCUGGGAUAAGGUACUAGAAGAAGCAGAAGCUCAACACUUAUAUCAGUCCAUUUUGCCUGAUAUGGUGAAAAUUGCACUCUGUCUGCCAAAUAUUUGCACCCAGCCAAUACCACUCCUGAAACAGAAGAUGAAUCAUUCCAUCACAAUGUCACAGGAACAGAUUGCUAGUCUUUUAGCUAAUGCUUUCUUCUGCACAUUUCCACGGCGCAAUGCUAAGAUGAAAUCGGAGUAUUCUAGUUAUCCAGACAUUAACUUCAAUCGGUUGUUUGAAGGACGUUCAUCAAGGAAACCAGAGAAGCUUAAAACACUCUUCUGCUACUUUAGAAGAGUCACAGAGAAAAAACCUACUGGGUUGGUGACAUUUACGAGACAGAGUCUUGAAGAUUUUCCAGAGUGGGAAAGAUGUGAAAAACUCCUGACUCGAUUGCAUGUCACUUACGAAGGAACCAUAGAAGGAAAUGGUCAAGGCAUGCUACAGGUGGAUUUUGCAAACCGUUUUGUUGGAGGUGGUGUAACCAGUGCAGGACUUGUACAAGAAGAAAUCCGCUUUUUAAUCAACCCUGAGUUGAUUGUUUCACGGCUCUUCACUGAGGUGCUGGAUCACAAUGAAUGUCUUAUCAUCACAGGUACUGAACAGUACAGUGAAUACACAGGCUAUGCCGAAACAUACCGUUGGGCCCGGAGCCAUGAAGACAGGAGUGAAAGGGACGACUGGCAGCGGCGUGGCACUGAAAUCGUCGCCAUCGAUGCCCUUCACUUCAGACGCUACCUCGACCAGUUUGUGCCUGAGAAAAUCAGACGCGAGCUUAACAAGGCUUACUGUGGAUUUCUUCGUCCUGGAGUUUCUUCAGAGAAUCUUUCUGCAGUGGCCACAGGAAACUGGGGCUGUGGUGCCUUUGGGGGCGAUGCUAGAUUAAAAGCCUUAAUACAGAUACUGGCAGCUGCUGUAGCUGAGCGAGAUGUGGUUUAUUUCACCUUUGGGGACUCAGAAUUGAUGAGGGACAUUUACAGCAUGCACACGUUCCUUACUGAAAGGAAACUGACUGUUGGAGAAGUAUAUAAGCUGUUGCUACGAUAUUACAAUGAAGAAUGUAGAAACUGUUCCACCCCUGGACCAGACAUCAAGCUUUAUCCAUUCAUAUACCAAGCUGUUGAGUCUUGUGCAGAGACCACCAACCAGCCAGGACAAAGGACUGGGGCCUGAGGAUCCAAGUGAAUAGAACCUCCUUCCACC